AUGGCUCGUUUCAACCCUCCAGCGCCUUUCGACUUCAGCUCACCGGACCAGUGGCCCGCGCGGAAACUCCGUUUCACCCGUUUUCGUGCCGCCACCAAACUGAGUUCCGACCCGGGAGAAACUCAGGUGGCCACUUUGUUGUAUGCUCUCGGACCCAACGCCGACUCCUUGUUCGAGUACCAACUCGGACUAUCCGAGGACGACAAGAAGAAAUAUGACGAGGUCGUCAGUGCUUUCGACACGUACUUCCGCCCCUCUACCAAUGUUGUUCAUGAACGGGCUAAAUUUGAACAGCUUGUACAACAACCCAGCCAGACCGUAGAGGAGUUUGUCCGUGCUCUGUACAAAGCUGCAGAGUAUUGUGAGUUUGCUGGCACGAAGGAUGAGCGUAUCAGAGACCGCUUCGUCGCCCACAUGCUGGACAAGCGGGUGAGUCGGGAGUUGCAGAUGAAAGACACGAGCGAGCAAACUCUCGCCAAAGUUGUUGCGUUCGCACGGCACGCCGAAGCUGUCCAGCAACAGGUUGCAGCCCAAUCGCGCAGUGGCUUGGCCGCCGCCAGCUCGAUUUCAGACGAUGAUGCCUCAGCCUCAGCUGUCCAGUCGCACCGUGGUGGUCGAUCUAUGCCGAAGAGCAGACCGCAUGGUAGCUACAAAUCUGCAGCAACGCCGCCUGCGACCGAAUCGAAGUGCCCGAACUGUGGUGGAAGCCACCACUCGCAACGCGAUCAGUGCCCAGCCAGAGGCCAGUACUGCAAAGCCUGUGGCAAGCGCAACCACUUCGCGCGAGUUUGCCGAUCGAAACCAUCCACCUCUGCCGUCACGAACGACUCUCCGGACUCUCUAUUUGUUGGCCACACGAUGUGCGCACAAAGUGUAAGUGAUUCACCCUGGUUGGCAGAUCUAGCUAUCGGAAAGAGUGUAGUCCAGUUCAAGCUAGAUACUGGAGCUGAUGUCUCUACCAUGUCCGUGCAAUCAUACAAUACACUGCAGCCCAAGCCGUCCUUAUCUGCUACUAGUGCCCAGCUGAGAGGAGCGAAUGACCAGACUAUGCAGGUCCUGGGUGUAUUUGAGGCUCAAUGCUCCUUUCAAUCUCAGUCCACUACCAUACCCAUCUUUGUUCUAGAUGGUGCCAGCACUAGCCUGCUCAGCCGAUCUGCGUGCACAGCACUGGGUCUAGUCCAGCGUCUGGCUGAAGUGCAAGGUCCAGUCCCACUCGUACAGUGUAUGGUUGGUCCUGCUGCGCAGAUUCACUUAACUUCCGACGCCACACCGUAUCACUGCCUGACAGCUCGCAGAGUUCCUCAUCACCUGUAUUCGAAAGUACGUGAAGAACUGCACUGCAUGGAAGAUGGCGACAUCAUUGCGCGUGUCGACGAACCCACAGACUGGUGUUCGCCUAUGGUGCCCGUCCUCAAACCUAACGGCAAGGUACGCAUCUGUGUCGACCUGAAGCGUCUUAAUGCGUCUGUCAAGCGGGAGACAUUUCAGCUGCCAACGUUAGAAGAUGCCCUGUCUUCACUGGCCGGAGCGACUGUGUUCACGACAUUGGACACUGCUAACGGAUUCUGGCAAGUCCCACUCAGUCCCGAUUCUGCCCGUUUGACCACCUUCAUCACGCCGUUCGGCAGGUUCUACUUCAAGCGACUGCCAUUCGGCAUCACAUCAGCACCUGAGAUUUUCCAGAAGCGUCUCACCAACCUUCUGGACCAGCUCCCGGGUGUGUUCGUCUACAUGGACGAUAUCAUUGUCUCUGGCCGUACGCGAGAAGAACACGACCGUAACCUAGCUGCCGUACUAGACAUCCUGCAGAAAGCCAACGUCACGCUGAACAUGACGAAAUGUCACAAGCGUCAGGCCGAAGUGAAGUUCCUUGGUCACAUCUUCUCCGCCAAAGGUCUCCACCCUGACCCAGCGAGAGUGUCCAGCGUCGCUAAUCUGAAGCCGCCCAAGAACGUCACGGAACUGAAGCGCAUUCUCGGCAUGUUCGCGUUCAUGUCACGCUUCAUUCCCAAUCUCUCAGAAGUCAGCGCCCCACUGCGUCUUCUACUGGGGCAUGACACCGCAUGGGAGUGGUCUGCUACACAACAACAGGCCCUGGACAAGCUCAAACAGCUUGCCACCAAUGCGCCCUGCCUCACGUUCUUCGACCCAAUCAAGCGCCACGGUCAUCAGCGCUGA